AAUCGCCAGGUAAACCUAGAUCCCCGUCCUGUUACGUCACCCUCCAGCUCCAGGCCACCCUCCACCUUCCCAGCGAUGGACUCCGCCGAAAUCCCCAACCCCAGCCCGGACGCCACCAACCCCACCGCCGUCCCCGCCCCCGCCCCCGCCCCCGGCGCCGAGGCCUCCUCGUCGCCUCCGCUCCCGCCGCGCAAGCGCCGCCUCUCCCCUUCCCCCUCCCCCAGGCGCUCCGCCUCCCGCUCUCGGUCCCCCCGCUCCCGCUCCCCGCGCGGCCGCCGCUCCCGCUCCCGCUCUCGCUCCCGCAGCCGGAGCCGGAGCCGUAGCCCGCAGUACCAGCCCGAUGGCAAGCGGCGGCGCCACAACGAUCUCAACAUCGAGGUGUGCCGCGACUUCCUGCGCGACAGGUGCACCCGCUCCGACCUCGAGUGCAGAUAUGCGCACCCGCACCAUUCCGUCUCCGUCGACAGGGAGAACAAGGUGACGGCGUGCGCGGAUUCGCUGAGGAACAAUUGCUUCCGGGGGAGGACAUGCCGCUACUACCACCCACCUCCGCAUAUUCAGGAACAAUUACUGAGAUCAAUUGGUGUGGAAGAUCCAAAGUUGAAGACGAUCUGCAGAGAUUUUGCACGUGGAAAGUGUUCAAGAUCAGCAAAUGAGUGCCGAUUCAUGCACCAUUCAUCUGUUGAAGAGCUUACAAUUGUUUGCCAAGAUUUCUUGCGUGGACAGUGCAACCGCAAAUCAUGUAGGUACUCUCAUGUAGUAGCGCAUCCGGUGCCACCGAUGAGCCAUGUUCCUAUGCCAUAUCCCGAGAUGCUUUACAUGCCGCCGCCGCCACCACCCCUUGGAGUACCAAUGAUGGGACCUCCGCCUUCACCUCCUAGACCAUUUUCUGAUAAUAAGAACAGAGUGGAAGUUUGUAGGGACUUCUUGAAGAAUAUGUGUAAUAGAGAAUCCUGCCGAUUUUUGCACCCUGAUACACAUACUGUGGCAACAAGUGAAAAUGUUGAAAUUUGCCGUGAUUUCAAACGAGGAGAAUGCAACCGACCUGCCUGUCGCUUUUUCCAUCCAUAUACAAGCUGAAGUUGCCGUUAGCUAAAUCUGAAUGCCCUGCCCUGCGCCGCUGCUACCGCUGUGCUGCUGCUGCUGCUGCUGCUGCUGCCACCUAUCCUGCUUCUGCUGCCAAAGAACUGCUGCGCUGGCUGUUGUGUUGCUGCUAAGGUGCCAUAGAGUAUGGAAGCCUUAGAAGGUGCUAUGUAUGCAUGGAAUAAAGAUAACUCUCAUCGUGUGAUGUUCUAAUGGUUGCUUGAACUUGACUCGGUGCUCGAGAGUAGUACCCCUGUACACCGGGGAUCGCAUGUGUGGUUGGUUAUGUACUUGCUGUCAUAAAGAUAAUUUGGUGCCUGCGCGAUUGGCUUUCCUUCA